AUGUUGCUCAAAUCGGCUGUUCUCGUCUGCCUCCUGGCAGAGCUCGGCCUCGCCCGCCAGCACAAGCGCCAGGCCGAGCCCGAACCCGUCUUGACCAGCAUCAGCAUCCCGCCUCCCGCCUCCCUCACGGGCACUGGCGGUGCCGGCUCCGCGGCUCCCACGGGCAUUUUCCUCAACACCUCGAUCCCGGCGGUCCCCAGCGUGACAACUGAGACUGCCACGAUCACGACGACCGACAGCAACAACGUCACUGUCACCGAUGUCGUCACCUCCGUCAAGACUUUGGAGCCCGUCACUCUGAUCCAGCAGCCCAAGAUCAUCAUCAUCUCUCAGCAAACCUUCUUCAACUUCUUCUCCGGUCUCGGUGGUGCCCCUCCCGCCGUCCAGCAGGGCGAGCAGGGCGGCUUCAAGGUCGGCGGCAUGCAGUUCGGCCAGUUCCAGUCUGCCUGCUCUGCUGCCUGUAACAUGCAGUUCACCCAGUGCCAGAGCGUCGCUGGACAUGGCUUCGCCGUUACCCAGUGCCAGACGCAACUCAUCGCUUGCCAGAACUCGGCCAAGACCGCCACCGUCACCGUUUCGGUUCCCACGACUGCCACCGUGACCGUCGUCGUCCCCGACACUCCCGCCACUGACAUCGGCAGCGUUCCCUCCAGCAUUGCCGAUGGAGGCAGCGUCAUCACCACCACCACUCUGCCCCCUGGCGCUGGUGCCACCGUCGGUACUGGCGGCGUCUCUUUUGUGACCGGCGUGCCGACCCCUGGUGCUCCCCCGGCUCAGACCCCGGCCGUCCCCGAGACCGCCGUCGCUACGACUUCUGCUGUCCUUAGCACCAUCACGGAUGAGACUGGCGGACAGGUCGUUUCCACCGUCUACGUGACCAGGAUCCCCACCGCCGGUGCCCCUGAGGCUUCCCAGGUCGUCUCCUCCGCCGACGCCGUCGCCAGCUCUGCGGCUCUCACCACCUCAGCUGCCCUCAGCACCGUGACGGACGAGCAGGGCAACCAGAUCGUCUCUACUAUCUACGUCACCAGGUCUGCUGACGUCCCUGCUGCUUCUCAGUCUGAGGCUGUUGGCGGCUCUGCUUCUGAGGCCGUUGGCUCCCUCACGACUUCCGCGGUUGUUACCACCGUCCCUGAUGCGAACGGAGGCAACGUCGUCUCUACCAUCUAUGUCACCAGAACCGCCGAUGUUCCCGCCGCUUCCCAGUCUGAGGCUGUUGGCGGCUCUGCUUCCGGUGCUGUUGGCUCUGUCUUCACUUCCGCCGUCGAGACCACUCUGGCUCCUUCUUCCCCCGGCGGCUCUGCCAUCAUUUCCACCGUGUACGUCACCAGGACUGCCGACGUUCCCGCUGCCUCCCAGUCCGAAGCCGUCGGCGGCUCAGCCUCCGAGGCUGUCGGUUCCCUCACGACUUCCGCAGUUGUCACCACAGUCCCUGACGCGAACGGAGGCAACGUCGUCUCUACCAUCUACGUCACUCGCUCUGCCGGUGUUCCUCCCCAGGCUUCCCAGGUCGUCAGCUCCGCAGAUGCCGUCGCCAGCUCCGUCGUCACCACUUCUGCUCUGGUCACCACCCUCCCUGCCCCCGAAGGCGGCUCGCAAAUCGUCUCCACGAUUUACAUCACCAAGACCAUGGAGGGCUCCGAGGGUUCCGCCUCCCAGGCCAUCGGCUCUGUCGUCACAUCGGCCGUCGAGACCACCCUCCCCGCUGAGUCCGGACUGCCCCCUCGCGUCAGCACCGUCUUCAUCACCAAGACCGUCGAGGGCGCCGCCUCCGAGUCCGCCGUCGCCUCCGCCUCCGUCUCCCAGCCCCCCCAGAAGCCCGUCGAGCCCAUCACCUCCGUCGUGACCAUGAGCGUCCCGGCCUCGAGCGGCGCGCCCCCUCGCGUCUCCGUCGUCACCAUCACCAUCGAGCCCAGCGCCAUCGGCACCGGCACGGCCCCGGCCCCGGCCAAGACCGAUGCCGUGACCUCCGCUCUCACCUCCACCCUCCCCGCCGAGACCCCCGGAGGCUCGGGCCGUGUCACCACCAUCUACGUGACCGCCCCUCCCCCCGCGCCCACCGCCCAGCCCGAGGGACCCCAGGUCUCCCUCAUCACCGUCACCCUCUCUGAUCUGACCGGCGUCAUCACCAUCAGCCCCUCGCAGACCAGCGCCGUCGCCACGACCAUCCAGUCUGCCCUUCCCUCCGCCGGUGUUGGUGGCGGAAGCGGUUCUGGCUCCGGUUCUGGCUCCGGCUCCGGCAACGGCGGCAGCGUCGGCGGCGAGGGUGGCCAGGGUGGUAGCGAGGGUGGCUCCGGCAGUGGCUCCGGCUCCGGCAGCGGCUCCGGAAACGGAAGCUGCCCCUCCGCCGUCACCGUCACCGUCACCCAGAGCUCCUGCCCCACGGCCGUGACCUCGGUCCUCACCCAGACCGUCUCCCUCGUCCCCUCCCAGACCCCGGCCCCCUCCGCCGCCGCCGCCAAGCGCGCCGUCGAGGAGGGCCAGCAGCGCCAGGCGGCCCACCACCAGCGCCGCCACGGCCGCGCCUUUGGCUUCUGGUGA